CCCCAAGGAACUCCAACAGUAGUAGUAGUAGUAGACAGUAGUAGUAGGGUUUGGUACCCUAAACUCCAAAUCACACCCAUCUUAGAGAAAAACACUCACAUACCUGAUAAACAUGAAGUGCACCAUCAUCUUUGCUGUGAUCUCCGUGAUCAUCAGUUUGAGCCUGAUUCAAGCAGCUCCCAUCGGCGAUGACACCAAGGAUCCAGGAUUCGUUUCGGCCACGGAUAUUACAGGAGAGCCAGUGCGCCAAAAGCGAGCCAGUGCGGAUUAUUACCAGGGCGACUAUUUCAUCUGCUAUCCCAAGAGUGCAGUCUACGGAAAGCAUGGAAACGGUGGAUCCAAUCGCAGAUCCUACGAUUCGGAGGACUAUGCCCCACACUAUCUGGCCGAUGAUCCCUUGGCUGUCCGCCAGGCUCGUGCUGAUGCUAGAAGAGCCGCCUACACCGACAGCUUUGGAAAAUAAGCCAAGGAAUACCAGAUAUUAGAUGGAUACCAAAAAACACAUCUUCAAAGUUAGGGAGAUACACAGGUCUAGCUAUAAAAGUUGUACAAAUAUUGUUAUUAUUA